UCCAAAAACUCUUUCAUGCGCGAUGCUCACCUGAAGUUCGGAAAAAAAGUCUUCUGUUCGUUAUUUUUAGAAUUUCUCUGUGUCGUAAGACGAGACUGAUUUAUUUUUAAAACUUUGAACGGAUUACCGAACUUAGAACAGUUUUGUUUUGACUUGUUAUUGAACUGCUAUCGUCUACCUCGAAAGACAAAGUUUACACAUGUAAACCCUUUAAACUGACGCAUGUCGAGAAGAAAAGAUACCGUAGCUAUUGGAACGACAACGGAGUAAAUAAUUAAAGGUUAGACAAUUCUGGAAAGAAGAAUGACACUGAUGUGUGCAUCCCGGAUGAAUUUUCCAGUUUCCGGACUAUGUAACAUAUAGCCGGUGACCAGCAACGAUACAUUUCUCAUUUCCUUAAAUUCACAUACUCUGUGCAAGCCUGGUGUUAUCAGAAUUGUUUGAGGUCUUGUGGAAUGCAGAAAACUCUGGAGGGAGAAUGCUUCCAGAAUUAACCGAAUAAUUCACAGCCUUCGGAAGAAUUCCUUAGUGCUAGAGUGCUGCUUUGUUUAAUGAAGUUACAAAGGCUUUGAUUAGCUCAGGAGACAAUGAAAGUGUGCUCAAGACAUGAAUAUGCCAUCAAAUGGAUCGAAACAAUGCCAAGUUUCUUAAUAAUCAUAUUUACUGUACAAUGGGUGAAAAUGAUUCUCCGCUAAGUCAUAUUUCAAUUCUAAUAAUUUGUGUGCUUAAAAUUUCAUCUGAAAAGUGAUAAAUAACACUUAUUCUACAUGAAUGGACAUAAUUCAAAAGUGAAAUAUGAUUCAUUUUUAAGAUGUCAUGAUGUGCGGAAUUUUCUCUUAUCGUCAUAUUAAACUGGACAUCAUUUAAGGUGUCUUCACCUGCAAGGUUCAUGAGAGUUGAUUAUCUGUUAAAAAGUUGAUUUAUUAUCUAAAAUUCCUGAUUAUUGAGAUAUGUCAUGUCUUUAUAAGAACUGUUAACUUUUUUCUUCUUGAUUGACUUGGCUUCUCAAAUUGUGACAUGAUUCAUGACUGAUUCUUAACUUUCAGACAAUGAUACUGAUAUAUCUGAAUUGAAAGAUGUAUCGGAAGUUCUCCAUAUAAAUUUUGUUUAGAAUAUUGAUAAUUACUGAAAGAUUAAAAUAAAAUAAACCUCCGCAAAUAAAACCAACAUGUUACCUAAUGAUACAGUAGAAAAUAUUGUCGAAAUAUUUACUUCAACUGAAUCCAACAAUAUCAGUCUAAUCGACGUUAUAGAUUAUCAUUUAAAUUCUGAAGCGGGAAAUUUAGUUGAAGAAUAUAUACCACCGGCAGUUACUGGAUUGAUUAAUGUAAUAAACAAAACAAUAGUCACUGAAGUACCUAAAGCCUCCAUAUUUACCAAUGCAAGCUCAGUAUUAUUGACAGUCAAAGACACAAUAUUGUAUGACGGAAAUUCCACUUUGUAUGAGACAACAUUUAAUAACAAUUUACUUGCAGUUGUGCUUACAUUUUUCUGUUUAGUUACAAUAUUUGGCAAUGUUCUUGUUAUGGUUGCUGUCUUUCGAGAACCGUAUCUUCACACAGUCACUAAUUACUUUAUUGCAUCUCUGGCAACAGCUGAUUGCAUUGUCGGAGCUGUUGUCAUGCCAUUUUGUGUCGUACUUGAAGUUUGUGACGGAUAUUGGCCCUUUGGACAAGACUGGUGUGACAUUUGGCGAUCAAUAGAUGUACUCGCUAGUACAGCCUCCAUACUGAAUCUCUGCGUCAUAUCUCUAGAUAGAUACUGGGCCAUCACUGAUUCUAUGUCAUACCCGAGAAAAAUGAGUCCCACUCGAGCUGGCAUAUUAAUAGCAGUUGUCUGGGUGUGCUCGGCUUUGAUAUCAUUUCCAGCUAUUGCUUGGUGGAGGGCAGUGUCAUCAUUCCCUCCGCCAGAAUAUCAAUGUCUAUUUACUGAAGAUGUUGGUUAUCUAGUCUUCUCAUCCGCAGUGUCAUUUUAUGUGCCAUUAACAGUCAUGCUAUUCACUUAUUACAAAAUAUACAGAGCUGCCAUGGAACAAAAAAGGAGCUUAAAACUAGGGACAAAGCAAGUCCAUGCUAUAAAUGGAGAGCAAUGUGCUUCAUUAACUCUUCGAAUCCACCGUGGCGGCAUGUUUUCGCCAAAAUAUGACCCUAAACUAACAAAUGGUGAUCAUCAUAGUGAUGAUUUUCAUGAAAGGACAUCUCUGAAGGUCCCUUCAAGACACAUGAAGAGCUUUUCUCUCAGUAGAAAAAUAAGCAAACUUGCAAAAGAACGCAAAGCAGCCAAGACACUUGGCAUUGUGAUGGGAGUAUUCAUUCUCUGUUGGCUACCAUUUUUCGUUACCAAUGUUCUGAUGGGCAUUUGUGGAGAUAGCUGUGUCAUGAAUUCAAAAAUGGUUUUUUCUGUUGUAACUUGGUUGGGAUGGACUAAUUCGGGCAUGAAUCCUGUCAUCUACGCCUGCUGGAGUCGAGAUUUUAGAAGAGCCUUCACCAAGCUGCUGUGCUCUUGCUGCCCAAAGUACUUACGACGCAAGCAAAGACAUAGGUCAAGAUUUCGCCAAGUCGUCAGAGAUGAAGUUUCAUUGCCAAAUUUCAAAUCGUCUUCGAACCCGAUGACAAUUGAAGACAUUUCUUUGUGACUGAUAUAUUAAGGCUUGUACAGUUUAUGGUAAUAGCAAUGCAUGCGAGCUUGGGGAAGUAUUGAUUUUUAAAACAUAAAUGAUAAAAUCAGUGUAAAAUGUCGAACCAUUAAUUUUAUUGGUGUUUUUGUUUCAAGAAUGUAUUCCGUAAAAUUUUCAUUUUAAAUAGAAAUAUUUUUUAAAAAGAUUUAGCUGAAUAAAAUUGUUGUUUCUAAUCAAAGAAUAAAU